AUGGUGUAUGCAGCUAAAGCAGCAGCUGUGCCCAAGACAAAAGUAGUUCAUCCAGCCAAGAAGGCAGAGAGCAGCAGCGAGGACUCCAGUGAUGAUUCAGACUCGGAGGAAGAGGAGAAGCCAGCAAAGAAAGGCGCAAAACCUGUGGUGAAGCCAGCUGGAACUAAAAUCCAGCCUCAGAAGAAAGCAGAGACUUCCAGUUCGAGCAGCUCGGAUGAAGAAGCACCAAAGAAACAGCCACCAAAACCAGCAACACCUAAAUCGGGGGGUAAAGCUGCCCAGGCGGCCACCAAGGUGGUCAAUGGAAAAGCAGCAAGCAGUAGUAGCAGCAGCAGCAGUGAAGAUUCUGAUGAGGAAAAGACAGCACCAAAGAAGGCAAACAAACGCGCCAAGGAAAGCUCCAGUAGUGAGGACUCCUCUGACAGCUCGGAUGAUGAAAAGCCACCUGCAAAACAAAAGCCCAAGUCUGGUCAGUACAGUGCUGUACCACCUCCUCAAGCUACACAGACAAAGAAGGGUGUUGCCAAGGCUACUGCAAAAAAGGCUGAGAGUAGUGACAAGGCAGAGCAGGUGUCCCCAAAGGGAGGAGCAGGCAAAGCAGUGGUAGCUAAAACAAUCCCCGGCCCCAAAACCAAAGCUGUGACUGCCAAGAAGGCUGAAUCCAGUUCUGACAGUGACUCAGAUUCUGAUAGCUCUGACAAGAAGGCCCCUGUGAAGCCUGCUCCUAAAGCAGUGACCCCUGCAACAAAGAAGUCACAAGCUGCCACAAAGAAAGCACAAAGUAGCUCUGAUUCAGAUAGCAGCUCCAGCAGCUCUGAGGAUGAGAAGACGAAGAAGAAAGGCACUCCAGCUAAAUUAGCUGGCAAAGUGGGAAAGCCAGUGUCCAAACCUUCUACCCCAGCUCCCAAAGCAAGCACUUCUGACUCUGAUAGCUCAAGCAGUGAAGAAGAAAAGAAGCCAGCAGUGAAACCAGCCAGCAAAUCUCCAGGGGCAGCAAAAGCAACUGUGGGGAAGAAGGCGGCUGCUUCUAGUAGUAGCAGCUCGUCUGAUAGCUCUAGUGAAGAGGAGGAGAAGCCCAAAAAGGCAGGGAAGGGGACACAGAACGGUUCUAAGACCACUGCCUCCACAGAGAAAGAAAAAGCAGCCAAACAAGCAGCCAACAACCUGAAGUCUAAGCCAGCUGGUGGCAGCAGUAGCAGCAGUGAAAGCAGCUCUGAGGAAGAGACUGCAAAAGCCAAUGGAGGUAUUACCUACAGUCUGGCAAGCACGAUCAGGAAGAAGCAGAAGAGGGAAGAUGUUCAGGAGCCAGAGACGCCGCGCAGUAAAAAGGCAAAAAUCAAAGCUAAAACACCACACACAGUUCCUAAGGCGAAACAGCCAUCCUCUCCGUUCCGCCGCGUGAGGGAAGAAGAGAUUGAGCUGGAUGCCCGUCUUGCCGAUAACUCGUUUGAAGCGAAGAAAGGAGCAGCUGGUGACUGGGGUGAGAAGGCUAACAAUGUCCUGAAAUUCACUAAAGGCAAAUCUUUCCGCCAUGAGAAGACAAAGAAAAAGCGAGGCAGCUACUGCGGGGGCACGAUAUCGACCCAAGUCAAUUCUGUCAAGUUUGAAAGUGACUGA